AAUUGACUGUAAAAGUCAGUCCUUCUCGCAGAAGUCCAAUCUGUACAUUCCACAGUUAUAACACGGCAAUAAACCAAAUACGGAAAUUCAUCACUAUCCAUACAUUAUUCUUGAAAAUGGAUACCUUUGAAAGUGAUGUACGCUGAGUGACUUUUGAAGAAAACAGGUAUGUCUUACAGCGGAUAUGGUCACGUGGUUGAGUCAUGUCCUCUCAAUAACACAGAGUUUACAGCAGCCGCGACCAGACUGAACUGUGCCGUCGAUACGAAUGGAAAUAAUCAGUAUACAUGUGUUCCUAAGUUUGAUUUGACGGCGAUAGUAGAGUUCUGCUACAAUUUCACAGUGGCAUUGUACCCGAAAGGCAAUUGUCUAGGGGAAAUAAAGAAUGGACGCCUGGACACAAUCAACUGUAGUCAAUUCACGGAUGGUUGUCCAAAUGACUAUUACACAGGAAAUGAACUGUAUAGAUUUCCGGCUUGCUUCCAACUCAAUACAGAACAGCGUUGUUUCUUUGCAGACCCCUCUUGUCCGAACAAAACGAGAACCUUUACUACUGAGGAUGGAACGAUUCCUACAACAUUGAUGAACGUCCUGAAUACAACUACAAAUGUAACGAAUACACUUACCACGCCUGUAGAACAAGGAUCCGCCGAUGUUGGAGUGAUCAUUGGAAGUGUCCUGGCCGUCGUUUUUGUACUCUGCAUUUUACUAGCAGUCGUUGUCUGGAGAUGGAGAUGCAGGAUAAGAUACCAAAGUGUAUCCAGAGAAGAUCCAAAGCCGGUCCAUUGGGACAAAGAUCAAAAGCAGGUCGAAAUUGACAAAGAUCCAGAGCAGGUCGAAAUUGACAAAGAUCCAGAGCAGGUCGAAAUUGGGUAG